AUGGCGAGCACAGUGAUUAUCACCGGUGCAACCGGCUCGCUUGCACUUGAAGCGGUGCAACAACUUCUGUCAUCGCGUCCCUCCGUGACCAUCGUUGGCACUGUGCGAAAUGCAUCAAAAUCCCCCAAAGGCCCCCAUUUGCUUCGACUGGAAGAGAUGGCGCAUCAGUAUCCUUCUAGCAAGCUCCUGAUCAAAAGCGUGGAUCUGAACUCUAUUUCGGAAGUACGAGCAUUCUCGAACGAGAUUGCUGGCCUGGUGGAAUCUAGCGAGCUUCCACGCAUCUCGGCCAUCAUUUGCAAUGCAUUUACAUGGUCUCUAGAAGGCCAGCAAUUUUCGAAAGAUUCAAUGGAAUCAACAUUCCAAGUCAAUCAUCUUUCGCAUUUUUUGCUGGUUCUAAAACUUCUGCGGAGCAUGGAUCCCGAGACUGGUCGAGUGGUCAUGCUUAGCUCUGAAGUUCACGAUCCUGAACACCCCAACGCUUUUUCCAAACUGGGCGCAGAACUUCCCUCCGAUGAGAAUCUUGAUUCAUUGAUCAAACCCGGUGCAGACGAGGCUGGAACAGAACAUGACAUGGGCUGGCGACGGUACGCAAACAGCAAGCUGGCCAAUGUCAUGUUUAUGCGGAGUUUAAACCGUCGGCUUCAACAGAACCCACAAUUCAGCAAGAUCACCGUGACUGCUAUGGACCCGGGUGGCCUUGUGGCCUCCCGGGCCCAUGCUGCCCAGCGCUCGUUGACUCGUGUCUUGUUUAAGCUGCUCGCGUUUUCGCUACCAGUGACCAGGCUUUUUACUUACAGGCUUCGGUCAAAUUCCGACUCAGCCCGAGACGUCCUAGCGUUGGCUUUGGCCCCUGAGUAUGCAUCUGUCAGGGGCCAUUUUAAUGGAACGAAGCCUCAGCUCCCUGCGCGUGUAAGCGAAGACGCGGCAAAAUGUGAAGCUAUGUGGGAGGCUUGUUGGAAGUGGGUUGAUAUGAAAGAAGACGAGACCUGUAUUUCCAAGAGUUACCCCUGA